AUGUCAUGCUGUGGAAAUCGGGACGUGGCCCCUGCAAUAGCUCCUUUGAGUGAGGAUUUCUUUAGUAGGAGCGUGGAGCUAAUCUUGCCAGGGCACAGUUCCGAUAUACGUCUAGUUUAUGAGAAUGAUCAAUGGCAAAACGCUGGCAUAGAAAAAAGUGUGGAGUACAAAAGUCUUCUAGAGCGAUGUAAAGUCCUCGAGCGAGAGAAGAAGGAGCUAAAGGCGAAGUAUGACGAGGCUCUGCGAAAGCUCGCCAUUCUAUCUCUCGAGCAUGAAAAGCUUCAAAACGCCACAGAAAUACACGUUAAGAAGAACAUAUGA